CCAGCACUCAUAUCAAAAAGCAACCGGCGAAACAACCGGCGCAGCAACGGCCAAUCAUCCCGUUCGGCAAAACUGAUCGCAUUCUACUUGUCGGAGAAGGUACGUCUGGGUAGUAGAGAUUUCUCCUUCGCGCGCUCUCUGGUGCUGCAGCAUCGCUGCCGGCAUGUCUUAGCCACCUGCUAUGACUCUAGAGAGAUGCUUUGCGACAAAUAUCCCCAAACACAAAAUACGAUCCGCGACAUUCUCGGCGCCUUCCCUAAGAAGAAAACCGGCGGUGAGGCUACGAGUAAUGAUGGCCACGAUGUCGUGUCCGAGGACACGGAACUCCAAGGGAAACGAUGCGGCAGCGUUCAGAAAAGCCGAGGGCCGAAUGUUCUCUUCUCAGUCGACGCUCGAAAGCUUGGGCUGACUUCCGGCGGUGGCAAGGAAGUGCGUCUAGGCUUCCCCCGGAGGGAGCGCAAACGCCCUGCUUGGUUAGAGGCCAAGGAGGGGCCGUUACCCGCUGAACCAAAAGGAGGGCCCUGGGACAUCAUCUGCUUUAAUUUUCCUCAUGUCGGUGGCCUGUCCACCGAUGUCAACCGACAAGUCCGUGCCAAUCAGGAACUGCUGGUGGCGUUUUUCAAAGCCUGCGUCCCCUUGCUGUCAUCGCCGCGGAGAGUUGACGAGGUCGACAAGGACGACUGGGAAUACAGCGACGACGAAGACUCGGGCACGGAUGAAGAAGACCUCCCUUCGGAAGACGCACCGGGGCUAGCGAAUAGCCAGGGACGGACAGACCCCGGGCAAAUAUUAGUAACAAUGUUCGAGGGAGAACCUUACACCCUCUGGAACAUCAGGGACCUGGCACGCCACGCUGGUCUGAGAGUUGUUACAAGCUUUAAAUUCCCAUGGGGCUCAUAUAAAGAGUACUCGCAUGCCCGGACCCUGGGGGAAGUUGAAGGAAAGCAUGGAGGCAGAGGUGGCUGGCGAGGUGAGGAUAGAGACGCCAGGAUGUACGUGUUUGAGAUCAAGCAGGAAGAACGCUCCGUGCCUAUGAGGAACUCUACUUCUGCCGGCAGGAAUGGUGGUGCGGGGGCAAAGAGGUCCAGGGGCGCGUCCGAGAGUGACAGCGAUUAAAGCACUGAAUAAACGUCACCUUUGGGUUACUCGUGUCACGCCCAUGCACCAUGCUGAGCACCGCGCCAUUCUCGGUUACAUGAUAUAAACCUUCUUCAUCUCCCUUUCCUCGAAAACUUCCCCAGUGGUGGGGUCUUUGACCUUGCCUGCUUCAACACAUCCAACCUUCUUGCUCAGUUCCAGCAGUCGUUGCUGGCCAUAAAUCCUACCAUUUGGUAGAACAA